AUGCACUCCGAUUGGAGUGGUUCUAUAACAAUCGAGAUAAAUCCUUCAAAGUCUCUGUUUCCGAUUAUAUCUAUCUCAGCCUCUUCAGUCUAUCUAUCUAUCUAUCUAUCUAUCUUCGGCAUAUCUACCUUCAUCGAUCUAUCUAUCUAUCUAUCUAUCUAUCUAUCUAUCUAUCUAUCUAUCUAUCUUCAUAUAUCCAUCUCUCAAUCUGUCUAUCUAUCUAAAUUUCUCUACAUGUUUGGUGUCAUUAUCUAUCUAUCUAUCUAUCUAUCUAUCUAUCUAUCUAUCUAUCUAUCUAUCUAUCUAUCUAUUCUCAACCUUUUCAUUCACACUAAUGUCCCUGGGAAAAUCGUUAAUCAAUUUCUUCUCUCUCCAUUCGUGUUUAGUCUGCUUUUGUACUUACCAAUUGGUUCAUUCUCUCUCUCUCUCUCUCUCUCUCUCUCUCUCUCUCUCUCUCUCAAUCACUAUUCUCUGUCUGUUCUGAUAUUUCUUUCUUUCUUUCUUUCUUUCUUUCUAUCUAUCUAUCUAUCUAUCUAUCUAUCUAUCUAUCUAUCUCAUUUUCUUCUUUCUUAUUUAUGUAUCUUUCUUUUUUUAUCUAUCUAUCUAGUUCUGUUUUUUAUCUAUCUAGUUUUGGUUCGAUUAUCUAUCUUUUUUGUUUUCUUAUCUAUCUUUCUCUCUAUCUAUCUAGUUUUGUUUUACUUAUCUAUCUAUGUAUCUAUCUAUCUAGUUUUGUUUUCUUAUCUAUCUAUUUAUCUAUCUAUCUAUCUAGUUUUGUUUUCUUAUCUAUCUAUCUAUCUAUCUAUCUAUCUAUCUAUCUAUCUAUCUAUCUAUCUGUUUUGUUUCUUAUCUAUCUAUCUAUCUAUCUAUCUAUCUAUCUAUCUAGUUUUGUUUUCUUAUCUAUCUAUCUAUCUAUUUAUCUAUCUAUCUAACAAUCUAACUAGUUUUAUUUUCUUAUCUAUCUUUCUCCCUAUCUAUCUAGUUUUGUUUUUUCUUUUCUAUCUAUCUAUCUAUCUAUCUAUCUAUCUAUCUAUCUAUCUAUCUAUCUAUCUAUCUAUCUUGUUUUGUUUUAUUAUUUAUCUAUCUAGUUUUGUUUUAUCUAUCUAUCUAUCUAUCUAUCUAUCUAUCUAUCUAUCUAUCUAUUUUGUUUUCUUAUCUAUCUAUCUAUCUAUCUAUCUAUCUAUCUAUCUAUCUAUCCCGUGGGGGUAUCUAUAG